AUGAGGAAAGUAAAGCUCAGAGGUGACACAGGCAGCUGCACUGUCUCAGUCCUAGGUCCACAGGGUCACCCAGCUCUGCGCGCUACGGUGAGCGGCUCCCAGACGCCCCCUCCGCUCCCACUGUCCCGCACGCGGGACUGUGACCGCAGCCGGGGACCGAACGGGGCCCCAGGUGUGCGGCGUCCCCGCCCGGCUGCUCCUCCGGCGCCGCACCCACCUGCUCGCGCGCGGGCUCCGCUCCGGGGCCGCAGUGUGCAAGGUCACAGCGCAGGUGACCAGGCAGGACGGCCGUGCGCCCGCGGAGCCCCCGGACGCGGGGCCCGCGCCGCCACCACGCUCGCCACCGCGCGGCCGCGCCACUUCCGCUGGGUGACACCGCGCCCCGCCCGGGGACCCCCAGCCGUGCCGGCGCGCGCGGCCCGGCGGCGACCCCGGCGGCCUCCCGCGCGCCCCCGCCACGUGCGCGGCCCGUCCCCAGCGCGGCCCCCGGAGCGGCGCCGCAGGCCACGCCGGCCCGGAGAGGGGCGCGGGGACCGAGCCCCCGCCGCGCCCCCGCCGCGCCCCCGCCCGCGCCCGCCACUCACUGGGCAUCCCCGGCGGCCGCGCCCGCCCCGCCGCAGGCCGGUCCGCGCCGCUCAGCCGGGCCCCCGCGCCCCGCGCCCCGCCGCCCCCGCCGCCCCGCGCGGCCGCUCCAUGACGGGUGACGCGCACGCCCGGCCCCGCGACGCGCCGCGACCCGCCAAUGGGCGCCCGGCUCGGCCCUCGCCUGCGCCGCUGCAGCGCGCCCCGCCCCGCGCCGGCGUCGGCGGAAGCGCGCGCCACGUGGGCCGCGGGGACCGGCGGAGCAGGGACACCGGGGAGAGAGCCACCCGCCGGAGCGGGGACACCGGGGACGGAGGGGAGCCCCACCCGCAGCCGAGCCCCAACGCGAGUCCACUCCGGGCCCGGCCCCGACGUGGGUCCCCAGGUGGGUGGUCUCGGGUCCCUCCCGCGGCGGGCGAGGGUGACCGGGCCGGGGUCUCUGAAGCCCACUCUGCGGACGCGUGUGCACUUCGGAGCCUCGGCGAGCGGCCCGUGGUUAGUGGCAGUCGUGCCCUUGGCAGGGGACCUGUGGACCAGGGCAGGGACCUGCCGCCCUGGACCCGGCCUGCUCUUCCUUCUGCACUUACCUGGAGGAGGCUCUGA